CGCUUUUGCACGCGGUGUCCCGUAGCCGCGACGUUCGGAGGAACCGUUUCUAAACAGAAGUGAGCUCCGCCGGCCCUGCCCGUUCCCUCUGCCGCCGCUAGGCUGCAGCCGCCCUCUUCUUGGCGGGCGGGAAAAGGAGCGCGCCGUGCGGCUUCGGAAAGGGCCGGGGCCAGGCUGCGUCUGCCAGGGGAAUCCCACAUCGCUCCCCUCCUCUUUGCCUGCCGGCCUCGGUGAGCCAGCUCCUCGGCUCCCUCGAUGCGUUCUUGACUACCGCGGCGUGGUGGGAAUUUAAUCGAAUCCAAAUGGCCCCGUGGCGCUAAAGCAAACUGCAUUAAAAAUCGGAACGUUAUCACAUCUGGUUUAGUUUCUCAGAGCAUUCCCUUGCAUAGUAAGAAAUAAGGAAGAUGACCCAGUUCUGCACUUUUGAAUCCUGUGGGCUGUGGUGAAAUGGUCAGAAAUCCUUCUACCAUUAUCCUGCUGCAUGGUGAAAGACAGAAGCAUUCUCAGCAAAGGACGUUUAUUUACCCCUUCUUCACUAGAGGCAGGCCUUUCCCGCUGCAAUUGCUUUUCUUUGGCACGCUAUUCUGUAUCUAUAAUGGCUUCCUCCAGGGGUACUACCUGAUCUACUGUGCUGAAUACCCAACCGAUUGGUGCACCGACAUCCGAUUUACAUCAGGCCUCCUCUUAUUUCUUCUGGGAAUGGGAAUCAACAUUCACAGUGAUCUCCUGCUGCGCCAGCUGAGAAAACCUGGGGAAGUAACUUACAAGAUUCCUCAAGGGGGGCUGUUCACUUAUGUUUCUGGAGCCAACUACUUUGGAGAAAUUGUGGAAUGGUUUGGUUUUGCCAUCGCUACCUGGUCUCUGCCAGCCUUCACCUUUGCCUUUUUCACUCUUUGCUGCAUUGGGCCCCGUGCUUACCACCAUCACAGGUACUAUCUCAAGACAUUUACAGACUACCCAAAAUCAAGGAAAGCUUUGAUUCCUUUUGUUUUUUAAUUACUUGGAUAUGGAUCCUGUAUCCUAUUUUUAUAGGGCUUUUUCCAAUUCCUAGUUUUAAAUUUAGGUCUGACUAUAAAUAAUGGUACAGAUGAUAACCUGGGGUUGUAACAGGCAAGAAGUUCGUACAGAACUGAAGUUCUUGUUUUUAAAUACAGGGGAAAUUGCAGACAGUUUUGGGUAGAGGGACUUCCCAAAUACUUGCUUGUCUGUGGAGUUCUACCUGUGGAAAAUGAAUCUGACUAGUAUGACUCCACUGACAUUGUAGAAAAAAACACUGGCUAAAAUACAGUGCAGAAAAGGAGAAAGUAAGCCCACGACUUAAGAGAAAGUCUUGGGUCACUCCAAUCUAUAGCCCUUCUGCACCCCUGCUUCUUCCUGCCUCUUGCUGUAGCAGGUAUGCCCUCGUGGCAAUCUCCUUUGUCAAGAAAGUAACUACCCUUUAUUUUUCAUCUAGAAGCAAAGUUAGCUCCCAGAGCCACAGUGCAACAAGAGGACACUUGUGGGCAUGAGGCUGGGAGCAGUGUGUUGUGGCACAGAGGUAGCAUGAAGUAUGUCGAUGCGCAAGCAUCUUGAGCUGCCACAAUGUCUGCUUUACUUCCUUGAGUAAUACCCUUCUCACUGCUAGAUGAUUAAUAUUUACUCACCAGAAUUCUUUUUUUUUUAAAUGUAUGUCAUUAAAAUAAUUGCAGCAGCAUUAGAAGUUUUUCCCUUCUGGCAAAUUCAGAGGUCUUUUCAAAAUAACAAUUUGUUCACUCAAACACACUCAAUUUUUAUUCAUUAAAAAAAAAACAAAACAACUUGAAAUGGUGAUGUAUAACAACAGAAACAAUGAAAACAAAAAGCUCUGGGUUGAAGAAAACAUUCUCAAACACUGGCAGUACAUUUUGUCUAAGAGGAACAUUUUCAGAUACUCGUAUUAGGAAAUGAUACACAGAUAUUAUUGAAUUUCCACAAGGACACAGUAUUUUUUUAUAUAUAAUUUUAGAAUAUAGUUAGGAAUUUUCCAGAAAAAAAUGUCAUCAACCUUAAUAGGAACAGAUGUUUCAGAAAACGCUGAUAGUUUUAGUUACCCUUCACAGCACAAAAUCCUGCUAAGAAUUAUGCUGAAUGGCUGGGGAAAAAAAAAAAAAAAAGACUGGACCACAUACUAAACGUAUUAUAAGCUGCUAGAGCAACCUGAUGGGCUGUAUGCAAUUUUCUCUGAAACACAAUAAAAUUUAUGUAAAGCA